AUGCGAAUGACAGAGACGGCCGUAAAUCUCCUCAACGUGAAUCUUGAUUCACCAAAAGAGAUGCUGAAACUGCACCUUGGUUUGCCGUGGGAACAAUCUGGAUUGCCCAAUUCCCUGCAUGCUCUGGUCUGUGCCGUUGUCGUCGUGAUGAAAACCGACCAGAGCACAGGACAACAGGCAAGAGGGCAACGCCGCGCAUCAUCGGCUGCUUCGUCGCCAUUGGUUCUGGCAACUCUAGCUGUCAGUACAGCCGCGUUCGUACUUCGACAACAGCAGCAGCAAGAACCCAGAACUGGAGAAGUUCUUUCUGACCGUUUCGUUCAGCAGCUGAACCUGCUGAUCUCGGAUGAACCUUCAUCCUCUUCCAGUGGGCUCAACUUCCCAUUUAUGCACAUUUACUUCCAGCUGCAAAUAGCCUAUGCGACACUGGUCACGCUUGGAGCCGUCCUAAUAGCGAGCAUGGACUCAGAGGGGGAACAGGACCACGAAGAACUGGGCUCACUUGACACAGUCAGUUCCUGUUUUCCAUCUGGACGUCUGGUCCAUCGGCUGGCUGUCCGACUCGACCGCCUGGCACAGUCGGACCGAGAGAAGGAGGUCUGUGGGGUCAUCUUUCCUCGACUGCUGGGAAGACCCUCGAUGAGGACGGGCAGUGUUCAGCCUUUGUCACAGGCAGCUCUUUCCCAGGUCAUUUCAACUUUCAAAAAUGUCAUCCGGUCUACUGACGCGUUACUCAAGGGCCAGUAA